UCUCCCUCUAUCUUUGACAGUGUUUAGUGUCUCCACUAGUUUGCCAGGCUUUUGCAGAUCAUCCAUCCUGCACCCAUUUGUCUUCCCCUCUCUAUUCUUUGUGUGCGACUGCAAAAGCCCAUUAAACCUCAGCCAAAAUGGAGGCCAUCAAAAAGAAGAUGCUUAUGCUGAAGUUGGACAAGGAGAAUGCACUGGACCAGGCUGAACAAGCUGAAGCAGACAAGAAAGCAGCUGAAGACAGAAGCAAGCAGCAUGAAGACGAACUUCUGCAAAUGCAAAAGAAGCUGAAGGGGACAGAGGACGAGCUUGAUAAAUACUCUGAGGCCCUGAAGGAUGCUCAGGAGAAGCUUGAGGUGGCCGAUAAGAAGGCUGCUGAUGCUGAAGCAGAAGUGGCUUCCCUGAACAGACGUAUCCAGCUUGUGGAGGAGGAGUUGGACCGAGCUCAGGAGAGACUGGCAACGGCUCUGCAGAAGCUGGAGGAGGCUGAGAAGGCUGCUGAUGAGAGCGAGAGAGGUAUGAAGGUGAUUGAGAACAGGGCUCUAAAGGAUGAAGAGAAGAUGGAGCUUCAGGAGAUUCAGCUGAAAGAGGCUAAACACAUCGCAGAGGAGGCUGACCGCAAGUAUGAGGAGGUGGCGCGAAAGCUGGUGAUUGUAGAAGGAGAGCUGGAGCGUACAGAGGAGAGAGCAGAGCUGGCUGAGGCUAAAUGUGCUGAACUGGAAGAGGAACUGAAAAAUGUCACCAAUAACCUGAAGUCUCUGGAGGCCCAGGCUGAGAAGUACUCUCAAAAGGAGGACAAGUAUGAGGAAGAGAUCAAGAUCCUGACUGACAAGCUGAAAGAGGCUGAGACCCGAGCUGAGUUUGCUGAGAGAUCUGUGGCCAAGCUGGAGAAGACUAUUGAUGAUCUGGAAGAUGAGCUUUAUGCUCAGAAACUCAAGUACAAAGCCAUCAGUGAGGAACUGGACCACGCCCUCAAUGACAUGACCUCUAUCUAAAUGUCCAGAAGCUCCACCAUCCUGUCAGAUUGAGGUUUCAGGACUCAAUCUUCUACUGCUGAUCAUCAUCUUUUGGCUUGAUUUUUUCUCAGUCUGUCCAUCACCCUAUCCCCCCUCCCCUUUAUACUGUCUCAUCUAUCCUUCCUCAUUCCUCAACUGUUCUUCUGCUUCUUCUUCUUUCAGCUGCUCCCUAAAUGUUGAACUGUUAAAUCUUUGUGUGCCUGUUGUACUUUAUUAGCAAUUUCUCAAUAUAUCUGCUGAAGUUGUUCCUUAAAAAUCAGUCUCUAGUCAUCUAACAGCCAUUGUUCAUUGUAUGUUUUUCUCUUCAUUGUACUUCUGUAUCAAUCCUGUUCUGUACCAGUGUUAAACAAGGGAGGGAAGAAAUGCUUGAGUUAAUGCA